GACUGGCAAACAUGCGGUGGUGUUGUCUUGAUUUUUCCUUCAGUGGUUAACAUUAAAGCAUGAUUCGUUAUUCUUCGUUGUGUGUUGUGAAGCAAGAAGCAGUUAGUGUGUCCCUGGUGCUUGCGGAAUUGUGUUUAGUGACUAUGGGCAGACAGGACACGGUGGAUGCCGCAGGCAGCUGUACUGGGAGGUAACAUGUCGAUCGUGGUGUCGUCGCUCACCAUUGCGACGCAGUUGGCCCUGUCGCAUGUCAUCCGUGGCCACCUGAGCGAGUUGAUCCACAAUGAGCUACUCAAGGGCUGUCUGCUGGAACUGGUUGCUGCGGCAGAGAUGUGUGGCUCCUGCUUCGAGCUGAUCAUCAUUGCUGACAACUAUGGUGUAUAUGCUUAUGCUGUUUACCUCUUCCUGAUGACCAUAUGGUGGGGCCAGUCUUGGGGUACUGCCACUGCUUGCCCAUACAGUUUGCUAGAGGAAUAUGUGGAGGUCGGUGCUAACCCUCUGCAUGUAGUUCUCAAGAUAAUUGCUCAGGUCAUAGGUGGUCUGGCAUCUUUCAGAUGGGUGAAGUACAUCUGGAUGAUGGAGCUGGCACAGACACACGUUGGACGUGGUGUUGACGACUGCACUGCUGACCUACAGGUUCCUGUCUUCUUUGGCUUCCUCAUUGAGUGCAUGCUUACCUGUGCCUGCCGACUUGUAUCCCGAUCUCUUGGUGAAGUUGAGCCCAGAUUUGCUCCUGCUAUCGACUCCUUCUUUUCUACUUCCAUGGUCGUACUUGCAUUCAACUACUCUGGUGGCUACUUCAACCCAGUCUUAGCAACAGGUCUAAAAUGGAGCUGCCGUGGCCACACCAAUGCUGAGCAUGUGGUGGUGUACUGGGCUGGGUCCAUCCUAGGUGCUAUGCUGUCCAUUAGGCUCUGGAACCUGGGUAUUGUCAAGAAAACACUUGUUGAACCCUUUAAAUCAAAGAAGGAAUAAUAUUCUUGGAACACACCCAAGAAAGAUUCAUUCUUUUCCAGGAAGGAUAGCAUGGAAGCAUAAAGCAUUCUUCAAGAGGAACAAUAACUUUGAAAGAAAAGAUUCAAACUCUGAAGUUCAACAUAUUAUACUAGAGCUUUGGGUAAGGGCAUUGUAUGUAUGCUGAAGGAAUCUUCAUGCCAGUGUUGAUUUGUAAGAAGACUUAAGUCAUUGUAUGGUACUCUUUCCUUUUAGUAUAAUUUUCACCUGGAAGUUGGGUGUUGAGUAUUCCUUGGCAUAUGCACUAUAAAUCACUACAUUAGAGUAGUGUAUACAAGAAGUAUCAAAUGUGUACAAGUAUUAAUUUAACCUGUAAAGGAAGGCAAUAUUUGAAAAACAGUUUAAGUGAUGAAAUGAUAAAAUAUUUGUCUGUUCUGAUGACAAACUCCUGGUUCUUAAUUCAGCUCUUUCUUCCUACCUCCACCUUUCACUUGCUUUUAAACUAUCUGCUGUACGAUCAGAUAUAUCAGUCACUCCUCUAAAAAAUAUGCACAGUACAUACUGGUAAAUGAAUGAUUUUGUUUUACUUGCUAAUGCACAAUUCAGCAGUCUUCUUUUUAUAAACUUCAUUAUAUCUCUUAUACUCAGUUUUAUUAAAUGUAUUACUGUACUUUUUCUCCAACCUCAUUGUAAGCAACACAUUACCAAAUGUCUCUUAUUUGGUUUUACACCAGGAACUUCCUGCAACUUUCUUUAGUCAUAUUUAAGUUAUAAAGUCUCUCCAAAUUUUUCUCACUUGGUUAAAAAUUCUCAUUUUCACUUAAAAUGUACUAGAACCUGUCUUGCAUUUUUUCACACCCAUGUGGAUACUUUUAACGAACUUUGCACAUCCUACCUUCAUUUUUAUCUACACAAUUUUUUAAUUAAUAUAUCCAUACCCAAUUAGUUUUCCAGUUCACUCAACAGUAUUGCUAAUCCUUUAUUUUUUUUACUCUGACACCAGACUUAAUCUCUAUUUCUUCCUCUAUCUACACUCUUCUAACUUACUUUAAUGUUUUACUUAGUACCAAGACAUCCAUUUUUCUUUCAUUCAUAACACUGCUUUUCUUUAAAAUUCAGAUAUCCCCAAAGUCAAGCAGUGUGAUGUAUUUCUGCUGGGAUCCUGCAAUUCCUCUGCCCUAGUAUGUGACCACUAAAAGCCAACUAACUCAUAGAUAGGCUUUGUUUACUGCCUAGUGAACAAGAGGCAGCAGUAGUAAGGAGACUUGUUCAUGUAUCUCAUUUCUUAUGGAGAUUGAGCCCUGUUCCUUUUGGUAGUUCAGCCACCCAUGAGUGUUCAAACCAUUUAUGAAAUAUUUAUACAUUUUUGGUGAACUACUUUUUUGUUCCUUUUACUAUGUAAUACUACAAAUUAAAAUUUCAAAGAACUGUCUGUUGCUCUUGGGUAGCAAAGAUUCUAUACCUUGAAUUUUUUUUUUAUUAAUCAAUGUUUACUAUAAUUAAAAUCAUCAUUAGAUAAGCUUAUUCAUAAAUUUUCAUUUAAUUAAAAUCAUUAUUACACUAAUUUAUCAUACAGUAGAUCCUCAAUUACUGAACAUCAUUUUUAUAUGGAUUUUUUUUUUAUUUUUUUUAUUUUUUUUUGUUGAGGUGCCAGAUCAGACAAGACCACUUAUAAGGUUUGAACUUGAACCUUGUAUGCAGCAUGCCUACAAGACUGAAGUCCAAAUGUUUUGAGAUGAAUUGAAAUGUCCCAAUACUGUCUUCUGCUGCUUUUCUAAGCCAAUCAGCCAUUGCAUAAUCAGUGUCUUGGAGCUUAGUGGAAUAUUUGUUUUGUAAAUAUUAUCCAUUACUAGUGAAGUUCAGUAACAUCGUGCAAUUUUACAUACUGAUGGAGUGGCAAGGCAUAUAACUUAUAGUUAGGGGGACAGUUAAGAUGAGGUCCCUUCUUAAUCUUUAGUCUUAUCAGAAGUAAUUCAUGUUAGGCAGUGGGAUUACCAUAUUAGUAUGUCAAGACAGUCCAGUUACUGUGUCAGAAUUUAAUAUUCCAAGCCAGCUGUAAUGUUGUAGUAUUUUUGAUGCUUUACGAUACCAUCUGAGCUAAGUUUAUUACCAAUAAUGAUGUAAUAAAUGAAGUGUUACUUCUGUACAAAUAUGUAGGUGAAGUUUACAAACAGUCACUUUACUUACUUAAUGUAGAUAUUUUUGUGACAGUAUAUUUAAUAUUACUGGUACAGUAUUAUUAUUAAUACAGUAUUAUUGUUUUUGCAUAAAGAGGCAUUAAACCUGUGUGGUUCAUUUAAUAUUUCAUUGACAAAUACAAUUUUUUUAUACCGUAAUAAAUUUUUAAAUAUUUUUGACGUGGUAGCUGAAGGGUACAAUUACCUAUUCUCUUGAUAGUAAUCAAACAAUUAAUCACUUGCUAUGAUUAAGUGAGCCCCUUUCACAUUGUACAAAAUAUUUGCUGCUGUAAAAAUAAAAUUAAUCUAUGCUUCUGCAGUGAAGAUAUAAGCAAACUCUGGGCCUGUUCAAACCUAUAGUACAAGUUUUGCAAAAUAUGCACAUGUAAACUACAAUAGAGCACACAGACAGUUUUAUGACAUACAAUGGCUCAGUUUUGGACCUGAUAGUUGUCAGAUCAGUGCUUCAGAAGCACCAUAAACUUCUGUUGAUCUUCAUAUAUGUGAAGUAUAUACAGUGGACCCUCGCCUUACGAUCAGCUCCCAGCUCGAACAAUUAUGCAAGUGUAUUUUUGUAAGUGCUUUUGUACGUGCAUUUUUGGGGGUCUAAAACGGACUAAUCUAAUUCACAGUAUUCCUUAUGGGAACAAAUUCGUUCGGUAACGGCACCCGAACAGACUUCUGGAAUGAAUUAAUAUCGUAAGUCGGGGGUCCACUGUAUAUAAACAAAAUGCACAGAAUACGUAUGAAUUUUGCCACUUUACAUUUACUGAUAUCUGCCUUACAAGUCACUAAAUUAUUGUAACAUGACUAAGAUUAUUAUGCAAGUAGAAAAGCAUAGAUCCUAUUGUAGUUGUAGAUUUUUCUCUGUUAAUAAUGUAGGAUAACUCGAGAAAGCCAAGCAUUGUGGCUUUUAGUAAAAUCCUUUGGGCCUCUGCACUUGGAUGUGACUCAUAAGUCAGUUAAUUCCUAGGAACUGUACCUAUUUACUGCUAGGUGAACCAGGGCUGAGGGUGCAAGGAGAUUUGCUCAUUUGUGUCUUUGCCUGGGUUCCUUUGGAUGAGCCAAAUACUCUACUACUAAGUUACCUACUUCACAUGAUAGACUUGCUGUGGUGGUGCUCGUGUGCUUCAUAAUCAUUGUUGCUACAUUAGAGUUGCUAUACUGUUGGUGUCUUCUGUAUACCAAAUGUAGUUCUGUGCUGGCACCACAACAAAAUAGUUUUAUGCAUGGCUGGCGUUAGUCUGUGCUACGUACACUAGUACUAGCAUUUAUCAUUGGUAUGAUUUGACCUUUAUCUUGAUGGAGCUGGGAAGGUGACAGCAACCUGGUUUUGAAAUGCAGUAGCUUCUGGAAUUACUCUGAUUGCAUUGUUUAUAGAAAUAUUGUUUUUCAUAUUGGUACCUUCCUAGGACUGAAUGAAACUGAUAUUUGUUACUAAUAUGGGGGUAAAUUGUGACUAGCAUUGAUGUCUUUGUUAAAUCUUGUGUUAUCAUGUAUAGUAAUGUUCACAUAAUUAAAGGACUAGCAAAAGUUUUGGUCCAGUUUAGGAUUGAAUGUUGCAUGUUGCUUCUGAAUCCAUUUAUUUAUGUGAUGUACACAGUAUAUGUUAAUGUUUCACGUUUGUACAUAGCAAAGUUAUCUUGAGUACCUCAAUGUUUGAAAUCUUUGCUCAAGCAUCCCACAUUUAACACUGUGCCUUUAAUAAUUGUUUAUAUUUUUUCUGUAAUUUAUAAAAUGAAGUUAAGUUUGAUAUUAAUUAAAUGUUUGUUUUUGUAUUUACCACAGUGUACAGUAAUAUAUUUUAUUGUACAUAUUUGAUAUGUUGAUCACUAUUGUAAAAAUGCAAAAAAUAUUGUUGAAUAUCCAAAGACUUGUUAAAAUAUAUAUAUGAAUAAAAAUGCUUGUUAA